UCUCGUUGGAAUGAGAGUAUACAAAGUCUGCCAUUUUCAAGCACCCGGACAACAUGCCUGGAUUUUCAUUUGGUGCUACUCCCAAUACACAAGCUGGAUCAACAGGGUUUCAGCUGGGUCAGACCCAGGCCACCCCUGUAGGAACAUCUGGUGGCCUCUCAUUUGGUGCUGGACUAGGGGUAGCUAAGACAACUGCUAGUGGUGGAUUUAGUUUUGGUACCCCAGCUGCCAGCACAGCUACAGCUACAGCUACAGCAGCUGUUGUGCCACCAGGAGGCAGCACUGGCUUUACCCUUCCUCUGAAUCUUGCCAAGACAACACCAACCCUGACAUUAGGUGGCACUACUACAACUACCACUACUGCAGGAGGCCUAUCACUAGGUACAGCAGCUGCAACACCAAGCUUUGGCCAAAGUCUGUCCUUUGGUCAGACGUCCACUACCAAACCAUCGCUGUCCACUGGCUUUAGCUUUGGCCAGACAGCUGCUGCAAAAUCUGGCCUGUCACUGGGUGGUGCAAGUCUGGGCUUCAAUUUAACAGGCACAACUACAACCAGCACAACUACCAGCACCAGCACAGGGUUGUUUGGUGCCACUACAUCCACCACAGGAGCCAGUUUGUUUGGGGCCACAACUACCACCACUGCCAGCAAGGGAUUAGGUGGUGUGGACCCCAAGACUUCUACAGCUGGAGGGAAUGUUGGUGCCAACGGGAAAGGAGGUGACAAUAAGGCCUUCAAAGAAACAAACUUACCAAAUGAUGUUGUGCAAAGUGUGGAAACAUUCAAAAAAUAUGUCAAAGAUGAAAAAUCAGUGAGGGAGGAGAUUGCCCGGAUGUCCUCCAAGCCUCUGUUCAAGGUUCAGGAAGACGUCCAGACAUUGAGGCAGUUAUUGGCAGUGGUGGCCAAUGGCUUACAGAGGAACGCAGUCACUAUUGAAAAAUUAAAAAUGGAGUCUGCACAGGAACUUAAAAAAGCUGAGAUGGCACAGAGAACGAAGGAAAUCCCACCAGGGCUACAGUAUGAAAACACUGCUCCAUCAGAAUGCUUUCAUCAUUUGGUUGAAGAAUUUGAGGGUAGAAUGUUGAUAUACAGACAACAAAUAGAGGAAAUGGAGAAUGCUCUGACAGCUUUAAGUCAGCCCAAUAUUUUCACACCGCAAGAACUUUCUGUAUGUCUGAGAAGGUUACAUGAGACAUUUGUGGCUCUGGCUGCACAGUUACAAGGUGUUCACGAAUCUGUGAAGGCACAAAAAGAACAGUAUUUGAAUUAUCGAAGAAUAUUUCAAGGAGACAGUGCAGAUAUUUUUGAAAAAAGAAAAAAAGCAUCAGAAAAAAUGGGCAUAAGCCAAAGGUCCAUGGUGUCUGUUGGGCCAACGCCUUUUACUGGGAUGUCAAAUGUGGCAGCUGUUGCCAUGGCAACUGCAUUAAACCGAGGGCAACAACCAUCUGGUGCCCCACCCACAGUCGGCCUUAGCUCUACACUGGGUACUACACAGACUGGAACAUUAGGCACAGGCUUAGGUUUUGGUACAACAGUGAACCCCACCACCCAAAGCAGUGGGUUUGGUGGUGGCACAACUGGCACAUUUGGUGGCACAGCUAGCACAUUUGGUGGGACAGCUAGCACAUUUGGUGGCUUUGGCAGCAACACCACUGGAGCCGCUGCCAAACCAUUAGGGUUUGGAACUCCAUUUGCCGGCAGUACCACAGGAGGUACCUCUGGCAGUUUAUUUGGUGCCAAUCAAACCCAGCAGACGGCCACCGCCACCCCCUUCAAUCUCUCUGCCUCCACCUCAGCUCUAGGGACCCCAGCACCAACUUUUGGUGCUGCUAACCCCACCCUAGGGUUUGGGGCCAGCUUGGGUUCUGCUGAGAGUAAACCAUUCCAGCUGCAGAAACCCCCUGCAGGAACCAAAAAGAGAAUGCGAUAACAAUCAAAAACAUUACAAUUUCUAUAUUGACUUUAUAUUAGUAUAAUAACUAUAAUUAUUGUAUUGACUAAUGCUGUCUGUGAAUAUCUUCGGGUCCUUUAUUGAAGAAAAAUUGAACCUGGAUUUAGCUUGGUCUUAUAUCCAUCUUUUGACCAUUCUUUUCAGUCUGUCAUUAUAUAAUAAAUACUGUGUACUUGGUAUUCAGGCUAUUGCCUGUCCAUAAUAAACUGGGGUCACAGGAACAUUUUCAGAUAUUUUGCAAUUACUUUUCUAAUCGGGAAGAACAUGAGCAUUCUUGAGCACAUAAAGUCACCAGCCAGUAUGAUGAAUAACAUGUCCAUUGUCUAUUAAUAGACAACUUUCCUUUGUGUAAUACACACAUGAAGCUGAUCAGCCUCUAAUAUAUUUGCUUGUAUUAACAAGAGAAGACAGCAGAAAGGUCAAAUUAUUUCAUCUCAUAAUUUUUAAUCUCAUUGAAAAUAAUUGCAGCCAGUGUUUUUCAGGGGAAGUAGAACAUAUACAGUGAAAUAUGUAUAAUACCACAGCUUGUUAAUAUAGCAUACGUAUUUGCUUUUGAGACAAACAUAUUUUGCCAACUUAUCUAAAUAUAGUUGUAUAGCAAAAAUUUGUUUGGAUACUCAUACAUGUAAUUUAUUGUAUAAAUGGUGGCAGUAUUUGGGGAACAUGGGGAGGUUUAAGGAUGUCGUCUGCUGUGGAAACUGCUUACAUUCGAUUCGAUUUCUCCUUGUAAUUAUUUUCUUCAUAUUCAGUUUUAGUGUGGUGUAAACCGUUUUCUUGGUGUUGUAAGUAUCCUGUACAGAGGAGUCUCCCCAAAUCCAGAUAUUUGGGCGUUGUAUUUAUGCCCUCUGGACCCCCCAAACAAAACUGCAUAACUUCAGAUUUAAUGAAAAAGUCAACUUUCAUCUCUGAUCAUGGUAAAGUCAUAUUGUAUGUACUUGUAUCAAACUAAAAUGUAACAAGGCAAUUCUCCAAAAUUGCUGAACUAAAACCUUUAUUGGCCAAUAAAUAUACUACAACUUCAUUAAAAAUUU